UUUUAUUUUGAAAUCACAUUUCCGGUUUAGACACCGAGACGAGAAGAACGUCUUUCACCGUAACCGCUAUCUUGCAUAGCUUUAGCGAUCAGUUGCUUUAUUCCAGCUUGUAAGGUAAGUUUUUUUCAUAAGUCAAUACAAACUGAUUAUUUCCUUCGUAAUAUAAUUUGAUAACGCCCCAUAUGAUGUUAUUGUAUUAGCGGGAAUAUGGCGGUUAGCAUCAGGGCCAAAGACCAACGGAAAUAUGGCGCUUAGCAUCAGGCCAAAACACGAGAUAAACCUUUCAGGAAAAACUGUCAAAUUAUUCUUCACUUUUAAGUUGAAAAGCAAACUCCACAUACAUUGAGGUAGUUUACAUAUGAAAUUUCAAGCAGUGACAUGCUAUCUUUUUUUUUUAUCUUAUAUAAUAAUUUACGUGUAUUAUAAAUGCAUGUUGAAAUAAAAGCGAAAGUGAUUCAAAACGUAAAGAUGAAGGUUUCCAGUUAAAGUUGCUUUCCUUUAUACAUAUCCUCUAACAAAUUUAAUGGACAUUAGACCUCUACCAGUUACUUUAAUUAACUUACUAGUUGUGAUAUUACUGGUCUGAUACAGUUGAAGUUUUAUAAAACAAAUCCAGAGACAUCCACAAAGUGUGAAUGAUUUAAUUUUUCAUCUCAAGGUAAGACUGAUACAGGUGACACCCCUCAACCGGAUUCACCAGCAAAUCUUCCACCUGAAGCUGAUCUCUUCAAUAUUGUAGUAUUAAUACAAGGAGAACAAAUUCUCCUUACCAACUUUUUAACAGGUGAGCAGCAGCUGCCCCGGCAAGAGCUGAUUUUUUUGAGGUCCUACACAUAUUUGACCACUUUUGACAACUUUGAGACAUGUCUUACAAUCAACCAUACCGAAACCCACCCGAUGAUUACAGCGCAAGCAAUGACAAGUACAAAGACUCGCAACGAAUUUAUCACCGGGAGUCUACCGCUUACAGGUCGCGAAUUAGGAGCGGAUCUCCAGAGCGGACGUCUCCAUCCUCAUCAGAACCUGUCCUCUCGUCUGCUAAGGCUUUGUCUUUUCUGCAUAGCUGUGGACUGGAUGCUGAAGACCUUCAAACUCUGGCCAAGCUUCCUGAGCAUCUCAUCGCAGCCGAUACCCUUCCUGACCUUCUUGCGCAGAUCAAAAAUAAGAAAGCAUCCAACACUUCUUCAUCUAGGUCCAGUGCACUCCAACCCGGUUCGUCAUCUCGCUCCUGGGACGACAGGAGCCACACUCAGCUGGUUGAGUAUCCAUUGGAUUUGCCUGUCCGUCAGUCAUAUUCCAUUCCUCGAGAGCAGCUUCCAACCUGGGACGACCGCUGGGAAAAUGCCCAACAAACAAGCUCUCCAACAUGCACGCACACCAGUUCUGACUCAAACUAUGUGGUUGAGUACAACCAUCUGAAAGACAAACAGUCUUAUUUUGAUAAAGCGUCUUAUGCCACAGAACCAUCAAGGCAGAAAACGUCCGUUGUCCCGCAGUCUUACUCUAGCCACAGCAGAGAUGUUAGUCAAUCCUCACAUUUGUCCAGCAGAGACGUCAGUCAGUCCUCUCCUCUGACCAGUAGAGAUGCAAGUCAAUCCUCCCAUCGCUCUAGCAGAGAUGUUAGUCAGUCCUCUUAUCUGUCCAGUAAAGACGUCAGUCAGUCCUCCCAUCGCUCUAGCAGAGAUGUCAGUCAGACCUCUUAUCUGUCCAAUAGAGACAUUGGUCAGUCCUCACAUCUGUCCGGUAGAGACAUUGGUCAAUCCUCACAUCUGUCCGGUAGAGACAUUGGUCAAUCCUCACAUUUGUCCGGUAGAGACAUUGGUCAAUCCUCACAUCUGUCCGGUAUUGGUCAGUCCUCACAUUUGUCUGGUAUUGGUCAGUCCUCACAUCUGUCCGGUAUUGGUCAGUCCUCACAUCUGUCCGGUAGAGACAUUGGUCAGUCCUCACAUCUGUCCGGUAGAGACAUUGGCCAGUCCUCACAUCUGUCGAGCAGAGAUGUUGGUCCACCCUCGCUCCUGUCCAACAGAGGCGUCGCUCCACCCUCGCUUCUGUCCGGCAGAGAUGUCGGCCCACCUUCUCUCCUGUCCGGCAGAGACGUCGGUCUGCCCUCGCUCCUGUCCAUCAGAGACCUUGCACCACCCUCGCACCUGGCCAGCAGAGACGUUGGUCAGUCUUCACACCAACGGAGGACAGAGUCAGCUCCUAGAGUGCCUACCAGGAAGGAGGCGUCAGAUUUCCACGGGAAAACUCCACCAGUAUUUCCCUACGCAUGCGUGCUCUGCGAUAUCACUGUCCUCUCUAACAAGGACUGGUCUUUGCAUAUAAAAGGAGCCCAACAUGCUCAUAGUCAACUUAGUCUUGUGGAAAAAUAUCCAGCGUGGGAUCAGACAAUCCAAUCUGCUCGAAGAAAUGAGCCCCAUCCUGAUCGACACACGUCCAGAACAACACAGGAACGAGGUGGAACCUCAAGCAGUAGAAAUGGAUCGUCAGGCAGCAAAAGUGCAGCGUUGAGCAGUAAAAGUCAAUCAUCAAGCAGCCAAAACCGCAAUAACACUGAAGCAACAACGAAGUGCAAAGUGGUGUGUGUCAAGUUUGAAGUGGAUGAUGUGGAUGAAGCUUACCUGAAAAAAUUGCUUGGCCAGUUUGGGGCGAUUGUCAAAAUUAUCAUGUUACCUAGAAUGGCUUUUGUGAAUAUGGGAACAGCAGGCCAGGCAGAGGAUAUAGUAAAAUAUUUCUACCAAAACCCUUUGAGGAUCAAAGGAGAACUGAUCAAAUUUACUCUGUCUGCAGCAGUCAGUUUCCUACAGACUUCUCGUGUAGUGAGCUUUUCACCGUUACCUUCUGGUGAUGGCAUACGGUCCGAGUUGACGGCCAUUGCUAAGCGUUUCGGAUCAGUAAAACAUUCUCUGUUUCUCCCAAGCCGGGGUUAUGUGGAGAUGAGCAGUGCAGAGGAGGCCGACAAAUUGGUGGAGCACUAUUCAACCAAUUCACUUAAAAUAAAAGGAAAAACCAUUAACGUUUGUUCCUCAACUGAGUACCAGACGCUUGAAAUGACGGAUGCUGACAAAGAAAAAUCACCAGUUCCUUAUAGCAGCAGCAGCAGGAGGAGGAGGAGGAGUUGCAGCCCCAGGAGGAGAUCCCACAGAGACUCUCCCAGCCCCAAACGAAGAGCUUCUGAAGAGAGGUCCAGGUCUCGCAGGAGUCACGACUCUAAGAAACGAGAAGAAAGUCGACGCUCACGGGAGAAAACCAAAGAGAGCUCUAGACGGGACAGCUCAUCCAAAUCCCGUUCUAAAAAAAGCUCUCCUUCGAAAGACCAGAAGCAAAAAACAAAAACAGAAGAAAGUGUGAAGGAGACUGUUGAAGACGACAACAAUCAGUCUGACAUCAUGACUGAUGAUAGUGAUCUUGAAGGAGUGGCAGUUAUAGCAGAUGAUGGUGAGGCACUGAAUUCAGAAGAUGAGCUCACAGUAGAUGAAGAGAUGGAUGAUGAGGCGCAUGAAACCUCCGAUGAACAGGAUGCAUCUGAAGAUGUCCAAACUGUGAAAGAGUCAGAUGAUCAGACUAAACCUUCAGACAUGGACACAUCGAGCUUACAGCCAGAGACGUCAGAGUGUGUACCAACUGCUACUACUUCGGAAAGUUCGAGCGAUUGUAAGGAAGCCCAAGAGCUUCAACAAGGAGAGCAAAACAAGCUUCAACACGGAGAGAAAAAAGAGCUUCAAGAAAAGCUAAAAGAGCUUCAAGAAAAGAAAAAAGAGCUUCAAGAAGAGCAAAAAGAGCUUCAACAAGGAGAGAAGAAAGAGCUUCAGCAAAAAGAGCUUAAACAAGAAGAGCAAAAAGAGCUUAAACAAGAAGAGCAAAAAGAACUUCAACAAGGAGAGAAAAAAGAGCUUCAACAAGGAGAACAAAACCAGCAACAAGGGGAGCAAAAAGACAAUACAGUGGAGACGGAGGAGGCAGCAGAUUUCUCUGAGAAUCUAGACAAGGAGGGAGUGUUGACAGAAAAAGGUGAUGAAAUGGAGAUCUCGACUUCAAGCACUGAGGAAAAGUUUGGCAAAGUUCUGGAGGUGGCAGGGUUUCCAGUGGCUAAAAAAUACAGUGAAGCAGAUUUACUGAAAAUUGGGAAAAAAUACGGAGAUGUGGCAAACUGCUGUCUGGUUCGCAGCAAUCGAAAGGUGGAGAAGGCAUUAAUUGAGAUGGUGAAUGCUGCCGAUGCUGCAAAACUCGAAGCCGAGUGUAAAAGGCAACACAUUAAACUAGGCGGCAGAAACUUGAGGAUAACCGUGUCAAAGAAAUACAGCCACUUGAACGAGGGGCAAAAUGUUGACGCUGACUCUGAGAAAGAGAAAGUUAAGGAAGAUACUGAAGAGAACAAUAAGGAGCCAUCAAGCACACUGGCUUCCAGUGAGGAGAGUACAGUAGUGAUGGCUGAGACCGAGAUCUCUGAAGAAGAUGCUGAGGCUCAGGAAGCAAAGGAAACCAACAUGGACACAAUCAUGCAGACGUCUAGUGAUGAGGAGGACGGGUAUGGCAGAGUUCUCCGGAUCAGAAACCUUCCAAUGCCUGAUGAGUACACUGAUGCAGAAUUUCUGAGCAUCGCAGAACCGUAUGGUAAAGUAGUACGCCAUUGGAUGUUUCGCCUUCAUCGAACGGGACUGAUUGAAAUGAAAAAUGCCUCUGAUGCUGAAAAGGUUGUAGCUGCGGCCAACAUGAAUAAAAUUACAGUUGCUGGAAUGCAUCCCAAGAUUUCAGUGUCUACCAAACAUGCUCAUUUAAAUAAAAGGUACUUUCUACAUGGACCUAGUGAUGGUUCUAUACACCCAUCUUUCGAGUUAGAGGAGGAAAAUGAUGAAUCCAAGACACAAAACAGUAUUUCUGAGCAGCAGCCGUCUAUCCAGACAUCAGCGAAUGUCGAGGAGUCUUCGAAUGAUAAUCGAGAUGACAACUCGAAGGGAGAUGAGAAGCAGGUUUCUGCAGCUGAUGAUGGAAGCGUAACGAAGGAGGAAAAUUCAGACGAUGUGUCAGAGACGCAAACACCUGUGAUGGAUCCAGUGGGCACAGAGUUUGUUCGGCCUGUGGUGGGUUACUUCUGCAGCCUGUGUAAUGCCAUCUAUGCCAGUGAGGAAGAGGCCAAGGACGACCACUGCAGGACCCCAAUGCAUCAUCAAAAGCUGAAGGAGCACAAGGAGCGUUCAACAUAAACCAUGACAUGAAUCAAGCCAAUCCAGAAAUCAUUCAUAGACGCUCAUAAUGAUAACAUACUGUAGCUAAUUCACAUCAUAAUAUGUGUUAAGUCAUUAAGUGAUUCAGUACUAAUGCAGAAAUUGUCAUUUUAUUUGAUCUUUUUUUUUAUUAAUUAUAGCUUGUUUGUUCUGAUGUGCUUUUAUUUCAUUAAUGGUUUUAGCUGGUGAUUAACAAAAACUCAUGUUUUCUUCAAAAAGCAUGUACUUUCUUGCAGUGUACUGGAUUGAGUUUAUAAGUAAAAUAGAAUGCCUUAAAAUCGUUCCCGUUCAAAUAAAGACAUGUAAAGUUA